CUCGGUUUCUUGGAACGGGAGGACCGUAUGAAAGGGAAGAUUUUUCGGCCAGGAGUAUAAGGUGUUCCCUAUUAAAGCAGCCAGAAGACUUCCAAGGUUCAAACCUUCUUGGAGUAGAGGACAGUGAUUUCCGGGUAGUGGGAGAAGAGGGGUGAAUCGUCUUGAUUUAAACUUUAGGUGGAAGUGGCUUAAAGGUCUGGGGUCAGAAGCCCUCUCUCAUCCCCAGGUUGGUUCUGUCCAGUAGUUAAGGCGGGACCUUUGAUAAAAAGCCUUUUACCUCUGGCCCUAUUUGCCCUUAGGAGGGGAGUCAGGAAAAGGAUCCUGGGAUUAAAUAAUCUUUUUGGUCAUAUACUGAGGAAUUAACACCCUUCACACACCACCUUGCCAAGGUGCCGUACCAGAGGAGCCCUGAUCUUGGAUGUAUUCUCAGGGUGACGAUAUCAAGCAUCAGAAGACUUUCAUAGUCUGCUUGUAAUAGAUAACCAUCCCCUCAUUGUCAGUUUCUCAUCCUAAAGCAGUCCAGAUAUUUGAACACAGUAAGUGAAGGAGUGUAGAGAUAAGGAGAGACAUAACAGUUGAAAGAAAACAAUAAAUCUCCUUUAUACUAACCACUGUCAGGGACAAGUCUUCUGGUUUGAAAUGACAUCAACUCUUUUUUAAAAAUGAACUUUACUGUUUUACUGUGGUGGAGGAGUCAACUUUUCACAGCAUCUCCUGGGCAAUUACUGGAUGGGAUGGGAUCAGAUCUGCUGCUGUUACCUUUUGUGGGAGAAGAGAGAGGGGCAGAGAAAUAUACUUGGCUGGAAAGAAAAGGGAACUGCUAUGCCCCUUAACAUAAUAGGACUGUCAAUGGCAGGAUACCAGCUCUGGUCACCAUGGACCCCACUGGACGAGAGCUUCCAAUGGCUGCGGCACACAACACCUACACCUUCUUCAAAGCAUCCCUUUAGGGCUUCCCCCUGCUUCCCACAUACCCCUUCUGACCUUGAAGUGCAGUUGUGCUUUCAAGAGGUCACUCUAGUCCUAGACAGCCCAUUUCUGGAGCCUGGGGUGAGUCCCAAGUUACCCUGCCACACAUCAGAGCUCCGAACCAUGAACAACAAGAAAGGGCUGGUCAGGAAGCCCCAGCCUGUCCGUCUCAGUGGAGUGGAUUCCGUGUUCGGCAGGGUCAUCACAGCUCAGCCACCAAAAUGGACUGGGACCUUCAGAGUUUCAGACAAAUCAGCCUUUUGCAAAAUCAUCAGCCGGGAGAACCAGUGGCCCACUGGACUUAAGGAACCUCAGAUUCAGAUGACAGUGACCAUGUGCAAGCAGAUGCUGCGCUCUAUCCUCUUAUUGUAUGCAACAUACAAGAAGUGCACCUUUGCCUUGCAACACUCCAAGUAAAGGGUUCCCAUCUGAUUCCUGUUCCUCAUACCAUAUCCUAUGCUAUGUGCCUGAAGCUUACAGAAACCUGUCCAUGUAAAGGAAACUGACAUCACCCGAACCAUCUUGUUUUUCUGUCAAGCAGUGACAAUUCAGGAACUCCUAUGCCACCCUCCCCCGCCCAAAGGCCAGUGACAGAGCAAAGGAGAACAUUUCCAUUGUAAAGCUGAAUAACAUUUAAAAGAGAGUCAAACUAGUGUUGACAUGUACAUGUGAGAAAGAACCAUUAAACCAUAUAAACCAAUGA